AUGGCUCCAACUCCAGUAUAUGUGAAAGGUGGUGUUUGGACCAAUGUUGAAGAUCAAAUCCUGAAAGCUGCGAUUCAAAAGUAUGGUACACAUCAAUGGAGUAAAAUUGCAUCUUUAUUACAUAAGAAAUCAUCAAGACAAUGUGAAAUUCGUUGGAAUGAAUUUUUAAAUCCACAGUUGAAUUUCACUGGAUUCAGCAAGGAAGAAGAUGUCAAAUUAUUGACUUUGGCAAGAAAGUUACCUAAUCAAUGGAGAACUAUCUCUGAUAUGAUGGGAAGGACUGCCCAAAUAUGUAUUGAACGAUACAAUAUAUUGUUGUCUGAUGAUAAUGUUGGUAAUGAACAUGACGAACACGAUGACUUAAGACUCAGUACUUCUCUUGAUUUCAAAGUAGGAGAUUUAAAUCCACAUGCAGAUACGCAGGUAGCCAAGCCAGAUAAAGAUGAACUAGAAGACGAUGAAAGGGAGAUGCUAGCAGAGGCUCGUGCCCGUUUGUUAAAUACACAAGGUAAGAAAGGUACAAGACGAAUCCGUGAGCGUAUGUUAGAAGAAUCAAAGAGAAUAGCGGAAUUACAAAAGAGGCGUGAGUUAAAACAAGCUGGAGUGAAACUGGCACCCAAAAAAAUGAAAAAAAAAUAUGCAGAUGAAAUAGAUUACAAUGUUGAUAUUCCAUACGAACAAGUACCAUUAGCUGGACUAUAUGAUACUGCACAAGAAGAUAAACGUUCUCUUGCAGAUUUAAGGAAAUAUGAACAAACUGUACAACGAAAAGGUUUACAUGAAAAGAUAGAUAUAAGCGAUAGAGAGAAAAGUCAUGGUAAACGUAAAAAUGAAGGUAAAGUUGAUGAAUCUAAGGAACCCAAUCAAAAGAAACAACUUCAAAAGAAACGUCGUGAUGAUAAUCUACAUCAAUUCAGAGAUGGGAAAGACAAAUUAAACUUAUCUAAACCCGAUUGUACAGCAUCCUCAUUGACUCCCUCUGAUGAUAGGUUAGUCGUUUCUAGACGUGCAUUACUCGACUCAAAAAAUGUCGGGGCUGUACUAACGGAUAAAAAUGAUUAUACUCGAUCCAGAGCUAGUUCAAUAGUUUCAGUCGGUAGUACGACUUCCCAAAUGGAAGCUUCCACGAUAAAACUGAAAAAGAGACAGUUACAUGAAUUGUUACAAUCAUUACCAACUCCUAAGAACGAUUAUGAACUUGUCCUAGAUAUAUCCGAUGACGAGGAACCUACCUUGAUGAACUCAAAUGUUGGAACCCCUCCAAGAGAUACUGCAACUACAACCCCGGUAGAUUUAAAUAUAGAUAGUCUCAAUAUCCGUGUAUUACCUACUCCCGGUUUUAUCGAAAACCCAAUCUCGAACUUUGAUCAAGCUUACAAUGAGCUUGUUUCUAAUUCAAUCAACACUACAUCUUAUAGGAACACACAACAUUUUGCUGACGUAUAUAAUGGGUUACAUGAUGCAUUACAACGAAUUGUCAGUAAAAAUCCCAUAGAAAACAAGGGGCCCCUUCCUGAGAAUAUAUCGACUCAGACGUUGAAGUCAGGUAUCAUCAUGAAACAGAAAGAAGUUGCUCGAUUGCAAGAGGCUCUGACUUACAUCAAUCCACUUUCAAAGGAGAACCAUACACUCUCUAAAGAGCUCUCCGAGGACAAGAUCCCUGAACUCCGUGAACUGCAACAAGGUUACUAUGUCAAUUAUAGGCUCUACAGAAACGAAACACAAGCAACUAGAGCACGGCUCGUGGGCCUCCAACGUGCACUCUCCUCGCUACAGAAGCAAUCGAUGCCACAAAAAUAG